AAGGACCAUAUCCCUCCUGUUUCAGAGCUUCUCACCACACAAGGACUCCCUCAGAUGGCUUGGGGCUUUUUCACAAAUCUGUUCAUUUGGUCUCUCAGCACUGGGCAUUCAGUUUCUGGGGCAGCGCAGCCGAUAGGAGCAGCAUUGAGCGUUUAAAGAGGCCUGAAAAACAUGGCCACUCAGCAAACGGGAUUAAUCGCAUCCUCAAGUCCCUGUCAGGAACCAUCAAUCAAUACAUGCCUACGUCAAUAAAGCUAUUGAUUUAAAGAAUGUUAUUCUUAUUAAUUGAAUGAUUUAGAUUUAUUUAGUUAUGCUCUUUAUCAAUCUAUUGCUUUAGCACAUCAACCAAAUGGCAUGAUCUUUUUUUUUAAUCAUCUCAAAAUGAGAUUCAGAUAUUUCUGGGAAUAGUCAGACAUGCUAACUAUAUGUAUAAAAUAACAUUUCAUUCUCAUGUACGCUAAGACUAGAUCAGGCUUUCAAAGGAUUGCUUUUUGGUGAAAUAGAACUGCAGUGUUCCUGCUGACUCCCAAGACUCCUAUAGUUGAAUCCUGUUUGCUGAGGAGAUGGAACCCCAUAACCUGGUAAACAGUGAUUAAGGUAAUAAACACAGUCAUGGUAACGAUGGAAAUGUUUGUGUACUUCGGGCUCUUGAUAUUUAUAGCACAAGGUGGAAGGAGUGGUUGUCAGUGACUUCAUUUGUUUGUGAAGUCUACGUAGGCUACCACUGGAACUGACAGAAGGGAAUGAGGAAUGAGCCUAGUAUUUCUGUAAGAGGUGUAGCCUACCUCUAGGUCUGCUUAGGGCCCGACUCCUCUCCACAGUCAACUGCCAGAUGGAGAGGGAUUUCCUGACGGCCGCUCAAGCCUAUCAUUUCAUGUAGGUAACCAGCUGUCCGUGGAGCAGAUCUGACAAUAGGUUUGCAUUCAGCUGCUAUAAUUUGAUAAUUGGUAUAAGAACACAUUUCAAGCACUAAGCUAGCCAUUAUAGUUGAUAGGUUUUUGAUGAGUUACUUGUAAAAAACAAAAAAAACACAGCACAUAAUGUAGACUGAGUACCCUGGACCAAAGUAUUUGAAAAAAAGCAUAUCUCAUACAGAUACCUGGCCUAAUUAGUUUAAUAUAUCAACAUGCGACAAAUGGUAACUACACGCCACAAAUUCCGCCAUUAGAAAUGAAAGCGUGAAGAUCUUAAUUUUAACCAAUAGACCAGUCCGAUCCACCUGUCAAAGCUCUUUUAGCCAAUCAGUGCUUACAGCAUGGUCUCCGCCUCAAAAGUAUUGGCCAAUCGGGUGAAUAGAACGCAAGUCGCUCAUGCCUACUUCGUAUUCCACAUCCAACGUCCUAUGGAAAAUCUCUAUAGCUCUUUCUUACCCAAUCAAAUCAAUGAUAUAUUAUCUAGUUUCCGUGCACAGCGUGGAUCUCAAUGUCUGCAUUCCGACCCUGUUAUUACAACAACUGAUUUAUUGUUUUAUGUACCAUUCAUCCUCGGGUCCUGCAGUCGAACUGUAAAAGCCAAAAUUGGGUAACAAGCGCGUGUUCUGUAGUCUACAUAUACAGUGUUGCAAAAACGACGUGUGCCAAGCCUCGCGCAAGGAGACUGCCUCAUCAACGGUCCCCAAAUCGUGGCUGAAUUGAUUCGUCUCUCUCUUGUGUGUGACGUUGGGGUGUGAUUAUCCUGUGAGGUCCCUAACCACUAGCACAGGGGAUUAAACAUCUCAUCCUGUGUGGAACUGGAAAUCAUCUGUGGAAAAGCUACUACCCCAUACAGGUAUCCACACCAAAACAAUGACUGAAGGCAGAGCUGGAGUCAGGCAGCCCAGAGGGCAGCAGAAGUUCCUCAGCAUGGAGAUGGAUGAAGAGGAGAACAUGAGUUCGAGCAGCACAGACGUUAAGGAAAAUCGCAACCUGGACAACCGCUCCUCCAAAGAGGGGCCGGGCGAGGGGGUGCAGAUCCCCAACGGGAGUGGCGGCGGCGGCGGGCGCAAGCGCCCCCUAGAGGAGGGCAACAACGGGCACUCGCAUGGAAAAUUCCGCCCCAAGCGGCGUAAGAAAACGCCAGGGCCCGUGCUGCCCAAGAACGCACUGAUGCAGCUGAACGAGAUCAAGCCGGGCCUGCAGUACAAGCUGCACUCGCAGACGGGGCCCGUGCACGCGCCCGUCUUCGUCAUGACCGUGGAAGUCAACGGCCAGCUCUUCGAGGGCUCCGGCCCCACCAAGAAGAAGGCCAAGCUGAACGCCGCCGAGAAGGCGCUGCGCUCAUUCGUGCAGUUCCCCAACGCCUCCGAGGCUCACAUGGCCAUGGGUCGCACACUCACCGUCAACACCGACUUCACCUCCGACCAGGCCGACUUCCCCGACAUGCUCUUCAAUGGCUUCGAGACGCCCACGCCACCCGAGGAGACGUUCUACCUGGGCACCAACAGCAACGGCUCGCUGGUGUCCCUCGGGGACUACCCGGUGCCCGUCACUCCCUGCAGCAACACGCUGGCGCAGCCGGUGCUGCCGGUGGCCACGUUCACCACGUCCACCAGCGGCAAGAACCCGGUGAUGAUCCUCAACGAGCUGCGGCCGGGCCUCAAGUACGAGUUUGUGUCGGAGAGCGGCGAGAGCCACGCCAAGAACUUUGUCAUGUCGGUGACGGUGGACACGCAGACGUUCGAGGGCUCCGGGCGGAACAAGAAGCUGGCCAAGGCCCGCGCCGCCCAGGCCGCCCUCUCAGCGCUCUUUAACAUGCAGCUGGACCAGACGCCCUCACGCCAGCCCAUCCCCCGAGAGGGCCUGCAGCUCCACCUGCCACAGGUUCUCGCAGAUGCAGUCUGCCGUCUCAUUGUGGACAAAUUCAGCGAGCUGACAGACAACUUCACUUCACCGCACGCCCGCAGAAAAGUCCUCUCAGGGGUUGUCAUGACAACAGGCACAGACGUCAAGGAGGCCCAGGUGAUCUGCGUCUCCACGGGAACCAAGUGUAUAAACGGCGAGUACAUGAGCGACCGUGGCCUGGCGCUGAAUGACUGCCACGCCGAGAUCGUGGCCCGCCGGUCCCUGGUGCGCUUCUUGUACAGCCAACUGGAGCUCUUCCUCAGUCGGGAGGAGCAGCAGACGUCAGUCUUCACCCGCUGUGAGAAGCACGGCUACCGUCUGAAGGACAAUGUGCAGUUUCACCUCUACAUCAGCACAUCGCCCUGCGGGGACGCGCGCAUCUUCUCACCGCACGAGGCCAACAUGGAAGAUCAAGGCGACAGGCAUCCGAACAGGAAGGCUCGUGGGCAGCUGCGGACGAAGAUCGAGUCUGGUGAGGGGACUAUUCCUGUGCGGUCCAGCAACACCAUCCAGACCUGGGACGGCGUGUUACAGGGGGAAAGGCUGCUCACCAUGUCCUGCAGUGACAAGAUCGCCAGAUGGAACGUGGUGGGGAUCCAGGGCUCUCUGAUGAGCUACUUCAUGGAGCCUAUGUACUUCUCCAGCAUCAUCCUGGGCAGCCUGUACCACGCUGACCACCUGUCGCGCGCCAUGUACCAGCGCAUCGCCGACAUCGAGGACCUGCCCCAGCCCUUCACCCUCAACAAACCCCUACUGAGCGGCAUAAGCAACGCAGAGGCCCGGCAGCCAGGAAAGGCCCCCAACUUCAGCGUGAACUGGACCGUGGGAGACCAGGCGCUAGAGGUGAUCAACGCCACGACAGGCAAGGACGACCUGGGCAGACCCUCCCGUCUCUGCAAGCACGCCUUCUACAGCCGCUGGGUGCGCCUGCACACCAAGCUGGCACCGAGCCUGCGGAUCAAAGGACCCAAGCCCAGCUCGUACCACGACGCCAAGCAGGCAGCCGAGGAGUACCACACAGCCAAACAGACUCUCUUCAAGUCCUUCCAGAAGGGCGCCCUCGGCGCCUGGGUCAAGAAGCCCAGCGAACAGGACCAGUUCUCCCUCAACACCUAAUGGAGAGACCGCAUGGACAUACAGACAGACAAACACAGAGAAGGGAGGGAUUAUGUGUGAGGAAAGAGAGAGAGAGAAAGAGAGAGAGAAUGAGGGAGAGGAGGAUGGCAGCGAACAGAGGCGUCGUCAGCCAAUCAGACAUCACUUAUCACAAUGUGGUUACGUGUGUGUGUGUGUGUGUGUGUGUGUGUGUGUGUGUGUGUGUGUGUG